AUGAACUUUCCAGAGACACGUCCUAGGAGGGUCGGUAUCAAAGGCAUAGAGGUGUACUUUCCACCCAAAUUCGUAGACCAAACAGAUCUGGAAGCACAUGAUGGAAUCAGCGCUGGCAAAUAUACCAUCGGCUUGGGACAGAAGCAAAUGAGCUUUUGCGAUGACCGAGAAGAUAUCUACUCUUUCAGUCUGACGGUCGUAUCCUCACUGAUGAAAAAAUACGCCAUCCAGCCAGAAUCUGUUGGCAGACUGGAAGUCGGCACCGAAACUUUGCUGGACAAAUCCCAAUCCGUCAAAUCGGUCUUGAUGCAACUUUUUCGGGACUCUGGAAAUUCUGAAGUCGAAGGUAUUGAUACCAUCAAUGCUUGUUAUGGCGGUACCAGCGCCUUCUUCAACGCGAUUCAAUGGAUAGAGUCGAGCCAUUGGGACGGCAGAGAUGCAAUCGUCGUGGCCGGCGAUAUAGCCAUCUACGACAAAAGUCCGGCUCGUCCGACUGGAGGGGCUGGUGCAGUUGCUCUUUGGAUAGGACCCGAUGCACCAACUGUCUGUGAAUCUGGUCGCAGAGGAUCUUAUAUGCAACACGCAUACGACUUUUACAAACCAAACUUCAACGCUGAAUAUCCCGUUGUGGAUGGGCAUCUCUCAAUCGACUGCUACUUUACAGCUCUUGAUGCGUGCUAUUCGGCGUAUGCCAAACGUGCAUCACUGGCAGACAAGAGAACAGCGGAUCUUCGCAACUCUGAGCUGUCUCUUGAUGACAACAAGCAGCAACUCUCAACGCUCCAGAAGUUUGACUUUAUGUGCUUCCAUUCUCCUAACUGUAAGCUCGUGGCUAAAUCCUUUGCCCGACUGAGCUACCAGGACUUCAAGAACAACCAACAGCAUGACUUACUUGGAGAGCUACGAACCAAGUUCAACCCUCGCGACGUGGCUGAUCCCACCAAGGAUAAAGCGGUGGAGUCCGCCUUCAUGAAGGCCACCUCGGGGUUGUUCUUGCACAUGGUGAAUCCAAGCUUACUGCUUGCACGCUCAUGCGGCAACAUGUACACGGCGAGCCUUUUCGGUGGCUUGGCUAGCUUGAUUGCUUCUGUGGAAAGCGAGGGGCUCCUGAACAAGCGUGUCGGUAUGUUCUCCUAUGGAUCAGGGCUAGCGAGCUCGCUGUUCUCGUUCCGUGUUGUUGGAGAGACGAAACACAUCAGACAGGCGUUAGAUCUUGAGGCCCGCCUUGCCGCCAGGACAAGAUGUACACCAGCAGAUUUUGAGGCCAGCCUCGCCUUGAGGGAAGACGCUUACGGCAAGGCAGAUUUCCUGCCUCGCGGUGAGAGAGCGGGUCUGGGAUCUGGGACUUGGUAUCUCACAAAGGUUGAUGAGCGCUAUCGUCGCACUUAUGAUGUCUAUCACAUACCGCAACAACAAGAUCGAUGUAGGACAAAAAUGCACUUGGAAGUCCAAGUUGCAAGUGCUGGAUCGGGAGCUCUUGAGACGACAUCUUGGCCGCGAGUCAAGUACCAAUAA